CUGCGCGUCUCGCUCUCCGGCGCUUCACAGUCAGCGGCGGGCCGCAGAUGUAGGUGGAGCCGGCGCAGCGAAGGAGGCGGCGGAGCGGCUCUGUCAAGAAGUCAUCGGAGUUCCAACAUCGACGGUCCCGCUGCGUAUUUUUUUAACGAGAAAAGCCACGAGUUCGCCCGCGGAGGAGCGGCUGAGGAGAGGCGCGACCCGGACGCAGCCAUGGACGGUGUGUUCAGAUGGGAUCGUCACCCUAUCAACCCAGUCAUGCCAACAAACCCCUACAUAGAGAUCAUCGAGCAGCCGAAGCAAAGGGGGAUGAGGUUUCGGUACAAGUGUGAGGGGCGGUCAGCUGGAAGCAUUCCUGGAGAGAAAAGCAACGACACCACCAAGACGUAUCCAGCCAUCAAGGUGCAUAAUUACAACGGCCCCCUGAGAGUCCGCAUCUCCCUGGUGACCAAAAACACACCACACAAGCCUCACCCCCAUGAGCUGGUUGGAAAGGACUGCAAACAUGGCUACUACGAGGCAGACCUGCAGGAGAGGAGAAUACACAGUUUUCAGAAUCUAGGGAUACAGUGUGUGAAGAAGAAAGACGUCAAUGACGCCAUCACCUGCAGACUGCAAACCAGCAACAACCCCUUUAACAUUCCUGAGUCCAAGGUGUGGGAGGAGGAGUUUGACCUGAAUUCGGUGCGGCUUUGCUUCCAGGCCAAGAUCACGCUGCCCACAGGGGAGUUGUAUCCUCUGGAGCCCGUCGUGUCACAGCCCAUCUAUGACAACAGGGCGCCAAACACAGCCGAGUUAAAGAUCUGCAGAAUCAACCGGAACUCUGGAAGCUGCAAAGGAGGGGAUGAAAUCUUUCUGCUGUGUGACAAAGUCCAAAAAGAGGACAUCGAGGUGCGUUUCUUCCAGGACUCCUGGGAAGGGAAGGGCACCUUCUCCCAGGCAGACGUGCACAGACAGGUGGCGAUCGUCUUCCGCACGCCGCCCUACCGUGACACCAACCUCGCCGAGCCGGUUAGGGUGAAGAUGCAGCUUCGGCGGCCGUCUGACCGUGAAGUGAGCGAGCCCGUGGACUUCCAGUACCUGCCAGCUGACCCAGAUGAAUACCGACUGAAUGAGAAGAGAAAGCGGACUGGAGAUGUGUUCCAGAACUUGAAGCUGGGCUCCAUGCUGUCCAGUGUUUCCAUCCCAGCUGACCGGCGGCCGAUUAGCUUUGCAAGGAGAACAGUCCCACCUAAACUUUCCUCUGUGAACGUGUCAGCGGUGACUGAGACGCCCCCUGGUGCCAGCGCAGCGAAACCGCAGCCAUCUUACCUCUUCGGUCAGCCGAGCCAGGUCUCUGUGCAGCCCAAGGUGGAGGUCCCCUCCUUAUCUUUAAACCAACCCUGGAGAUUUAUGGAGCCUCAGAAGAAAGAUUUGCAGCUAAACAACCCCGGGACCGGCUUUUCGGCGAGUUCCUCGUCAGCCACUCCCCCCUCCUCCACCACUAUCGCCGCGGCCACGGCGAGCAACCAGUACUCCACAGUCAACAUCAGAGACCUUCAAGACUUCUUCCCCAACAUUUUGACACACAUGAAUCAGGAGGCAGAAGCUACUCAAGCUAGUAGUGCCCCCCCUCAGGCUAGCAGCUCCUUCCCCAUCCACGAAUCGCCGUUCGCUGAAAACCAGCAGGAGGACCUCCCAGAGUUCCCUAGCUUCCCCGACAGCCAGCUCCCCAUCACCCUGGACAGCCUGAACAUGGAUGACUUCGAGGACCUUUUGAACGUAAGCGACUGUGCCGCUGCAGGCAUGGGAAGCUCCAGGCAGCAGCCCCAUGCUGCCGCGCCCCCCCAGAAUCACACGGCGGGCCAGAACCCCUCUGACCCUGCAGGUAACCCAGGAAGCACCUGGAUGAACUACCCCAACAGCAUCGUCAACCUGCUGCAGAACGAGGGCAUGAUCGACGCCGCCCCCCUCAACAACCACCACGGCGGCUACGCCGAACCCGACGACUACCAGCUGCUGUCCGCCGACGACGACCGCCUCAUCUCCAUCUACGAGAACGAGAAUCAAGCCGAGUUUGUGGCGGGACACCACACCUAAAAGGACGCCCGUUUCCCAUCAGACUCAUCCUUUACUUCAGCCUUCAGGACUGAAAAGAUGCUGAAGGGAGAAAACCCUGACUGUGGACAAAAACGUCUCCACCACAGAGCGAGAUCAUAUCUAAUCAUUUAGCAUCUGCAGAAGACGACCUGCACGCGCUCAUCUGAAGACUUGGGCAUGUUUUUGUACUGUAUCUGAACAAGUUUUACAGCCGUAUUUACAGGAAGUUUGGUUUUUAACCAAAAAUGAACCGCCUGGUAUAUUAACAUGUAGUUAUACCCUUUUUUGAAUCAAGUAUCUACGGAGCAAUAUUAUUUGAAACCCAAAUAAAACAAAAUGAAAAAAAUAUUGGUGUUUGGCCAAAAAAAAAAAAUGUCUGUAACUUUUUGCUAUUCUAAAAUAAACUUAAUUAUUUUCAGCUUUAAAUGUUCCACUUUUUUAGGUUUCAGGUUAAAAUUUGAUUUUCUGAGCGUAGUUAUCCCGGUUCUAGGAGUCACCCUCAUCGAUUUGAUUGGUCAACGCUCCACAAUGGGGCUAAAAAAUUUUUGAACCUGAAAUUUUUUGAUUCGAAAACAAAAGUAAAAAUGAGUUGAAAGUGAAAAAAAGAUUUAAAACUGAAAAAAAAGUUUUUACAUAAAAAUGUUGAAACCUAAAACAUUCGAAGCGGGAAAUAAUUACGUUCAUUUUAGAAUAGCAAAGAGCUUAAGACAUUUUACAGUUUUUUGGCCAAACACCAACAUUUUUAUUAAUUUUAGUUUUAAAUAAUAUUGGCCCCAAUUUAGCUCCAUAAGUGUCCCUUUGGCCGCUGGUUUUGAAGGUGGACAGUCUCUGUCUGAAUGUGUAAAGAACCACAUGAAGGUCUACAUGUAAAUAUUUAAAGGUUAAGCCUGUGCGUAUAGACCAGGCCGUCUACCUGCUUCUGCUCUCCUGGUGUUUCUAUGGUUACUUUUCAAAGCAGCAAGAACUGACUCUUAACUUUUAUUCGUUUUAUGUUUUUUUUGGUCAGCAGAGCCCCCCCCCCUACUGUUUGUAAUAAUGUAUGUUCAAAUCCCAAACCCUUUUCUCAAUAAAAUCCACAGAAUGUAAA